GAGGUGGAGCCUGCGCAAAGGCGGAGAAGCUGCCCCCGCCUUUGUCCGCUCCUGGCCCAAAGGGGAUGCGGGAAUCGAGUCUCUACAAGACGACUUCCGGCUCCCUAUUGAAGGAAAGAGGCUUGCGGGCCCCUGAAGGGGCGGCCAGGGAGAGAAGCAGGGCCCCUUCCGCCUGCCACCUUCCUUAAAAAAGAAGAGGUUGCUUGUCCUCAUGGUUCUCAAGGAAGGACAUAUUCCUGCAUUGCAGCGGGUUGGACUGGAUGACCCUCAGGGUCCCUUCCAAUUCUAUACGAGAUUUUCUCCUUGUGGGGUUUGCAGUGGGGGGAAUCUGCUUAUGCAAAGCAGGCGACAACCCCCCGCCCUCUGAGUUCGAAGUGGGCGGGGCCGCCUUCCUUGGCCCCGCCCCAUCCCAUAAUCCCCCUGGCUCUCCGCUCUCCCCCCCCCCGCCUGCCUUUGCUCUGGAAGCCUCCAUGUGCUGAGCAGGAGCAGCCGGGCUCGCCGCCCACCGCAGCGAUGGCUCCUCCGACAGGUGAUUUGGGGGUGCAAAGCAGGCGCGGCGGGCGGCAGCUGCAGUAGGAAGGCCGGGAAGGGGGUCUGGGACGGGGGGGGGGUUCCCCCAUUUUCCCGUUUGGACUUGCCCGGGUGAAUUUCAGCCUUACCUGCCAACAAGCUUCCUUCCUUCCACCUCUCUCUCUGUCUUUCCACAAUUCGUGCCAAAAAACUUCACCGAUUGGAUAUCUGUCUGCUAUGCUUGAGGUGCGCAGGUCGCUCGUUGGCCCCCCGUCCUGGGUUGGGUGGGGUUGGCUGGCACCAUCCCUGGCGGAGGAACAGAGGGGCGGGAGGGGAGCAGCCCAGGAUCGGCCGGGGCCGGGAGUGGGGAGGGAGCUCUGGGCUUAUGCCCGGCACCGCUGCGCCCUUGAGGGGCACCAGAUGCCAGCAUGAGCAAUGUGCCGACCGCCUAAGAAUGUCAGAACCAUGUAGCCCAGGUUCCUUUUCUCACAGGGCCAAGCAGAUGCCCCCAAAGCAGGAUUUGAACACACGAGCGACUUUCUCCUUCCUUGUGUGGUUUCCAGCAACUGGGAUUCAGAAGCAACUGGGGAGGCCAGAGCAGAGAUAUUGUGACUAAGAGCCAUUGACAGGGCAUGAAUUUCUCCAGUCCUCUUUUAAAGCAGUCUAGUUUGCUGGCUGCUGCUGCUUCCUUUGGCAGGGAGUUCCGCAGAUCCCCGGCCACUGGCACUCGGAAGCAUUGCUGCCUCUGACUGUGGAGGCACGGCAGAGCUAUCCUGGCAUUGUCCUCUCCAUGAAUUUGCCUGACCCUGUUUCUAAGCUGUCUAGGCUGGUGGCUGCCUCCUGUGGCGGAGAGUUCGGCAGAUUCCCAGCUACUGAUAUUCAGGAUCCUACUAGCCUUGGCCCUUUAUUUUCCCAUUCCUGCUUGCUUCCUCUCUGCCCCCUUUUUUUUUAAAAAAAAAAAUUGAUUUCCAAAUUUAUAAUAAACAUAAAAGAAAAGCAAUACAAUAGACAAACAAACAUAUAUCUUAACUGUCAAAAUCCCAAUUUAAAUAACAUUGUUAAGUGACUUCCUCAGAUCCCCCCUGUGUUUCCAUAAUACUCAUUUUAGCAGUUUUCCAAUAUCCACUUUCAAAUAGAAUUAACUUAUUCCAUUAAUAUCUUUCUUUCUUUUCAUAAUGUUCUCAAUCCAUAAUGUUAUACAAUCAAUCUAUUUUACUCCUAGGCCAGUUAGGUACUUACAAGUAGUUCUACUUAAAUUAUGUUAGAAUAUCUAGAAUCAUAGAAUCAUAGAGCUGGAAGAGACCACAAGGGCCAUCGAGUCCAACCCCCUGCCAAGCAGGAAACACCAUCAGAGCACUCCUGACAUAUGGUUGUCAAGCCUCUGCUUAAAGACCUCCAAAGAAGGAGACUCCACCACACUCCUUGGCAGCAAAUUCCACUGUCAAACAGCUCUUACUGUCAGGAAGUUCUUCCUAAUGUUGAGGUGGAAUCUUCUUUCUUGUAGUUUGGAUCCAUUGCUCCGUGUCCGCUUCUCUGGAGCAGCAGAAAACAACCUUUCUCCCUCCUCUAUGUGGCAUCCUUUUAUAUAUUUGAACAUGGCUAUCAUAUCACCCCUUAACCUCCUCUUCUCCAGGCUAAACAUGCCCAGCUCCCUUAGCCGUUCCUCAUAAGGCAUCGUUUCCAGGCCUUUGACCAUUUUGGUUGCCCUCCUCUGGACCCGUUCCAGUUUGUCAGUGUCCUUCUUGAACUGUGGUGCCCAGAACUGGACACAGUACUCCAGGUGAGGUCUGACCAGGGCAGAAUACAGUGGCACUAUUACUUCCCUUGAUCUAGAUGCUAUACUCCUAUUGAUGCAGCCCAGAUCUAGCCAAACAGUCCUUAAAUUUCUUCCAUUCUUCUUGAUGCUCCUCUUCCUUCUGAUCGCGGAUUCUUCCAGUUAGGUCAGCCAGCUCCAAAAAGUCCACCAACUUCAUCUGCCAUUCCUCCACUGUUGGCAUUUCCUGUAGCUUCCAAUUUUUGGCUAACAAAAUUCUUGCUGCAGUUGUGGCAUACAAAAAGCCCCCUCUCUGCCCCUUCCCUACCCAGACAGCGCCAUGGAGGCUGCAGCCCCCCCGUGCCCGGCCAGCCACCUCCGCUGGGACCUGACGGCCGCACAGAUCCAGGACGCUACGGCCAAGCUGAUCGAGAAGACCAAGCGGGUGUACGACACAGUGGGUGCCCUGGCGCAGGGCGACAUCUCCUACGAGAACACGCUGGGCGCCCUGGCCGCUGUGGAGGUGGAGUACACGGGUGAGUCCAGAAGAAGGCGCAUCAUUUCCACACAAUAGGAAUCCUGGAAGCUGUAGUUUGCUGGGAGUGCUAGGAACUUCAGCACUGGGAGAAGCUGCGGUUACUGGGAUUCUUUGUUUGGAUCUGCCUUAUCCAAUGCAAUUCUUAAGGAGCCAAACCGAUGCUAAGGAUACAGUAACCUUUCAAAAGUGUUUGUGGGAAGGGGUGGGGGGAAGGAAGAUUCUUAAUAAUAAUAAUAGUUAAAUUUGUAUACUGUUCAUCUGUAGAUCUCAGGGCAGUUAGGAUAUAUAAUUAUGUAUUGAUUUGUGUGUUUUUGCUCUACUUUUUAGUAUGUGUAUUGUGUUUCUAUCUUGUAUUUUUAUGGUGCAAGCCUCCUGGAGGUAGAAUCACAGGGGAAUACUGUUGGAAGGGACCCUAGGGGUCAUCCAGUCCAACCCCCUGCAAUGGAGGAAAACUUUUGCCCAGGCUGGGGCUCGCACCCAUGACCCUGAGCUGAAAAGUCUCUUGCUGUAUCCUCCUUUUGCUCUAUGGAUGGAGGACGGGAGACAAUAAUGAAAUGAAAUGCACUAGGUUCCAGGGGGCUGGAGCCGUGAUACUAAAAGCCGCAUUGUUAGUCAAAGUGAGCGUAGCUCUGGGGCACAGGGUGCUCUCUGCAUGGUUGGGUAGGGGGCCGAGAGGUUUGCCUGACAGCCACCUUUCCCUCUUCCCCUCCCAGUUCAGCGGAACAUGCUAGACUUCCCGCAACACGUGUCUCCCUGCAAGGAGGUUCGUGCGGCCAGCACUGAGGCUGACAAAAAGCUCUCCGAGUUUGACGUGGAGAUGAGCAUGCGGCGGGACGUUUACCAGCGCAUCAUCUGGCUGCAGGUCAAAGUGGGGCGGGGAGGGGGUGGGACCGGUGCUAGAACUCCCCCAGGUGCCAGGCGCUUGCCCAGUUGCAACCAUGCAGAGGUCUCUGGGCACCAGUUUGGCGACUGACAUCUCCCUCUGGCUGGCCUCUCCAGGUUUCUUUUUUUAUUUUUAUUUUUUAUUGAAUGUUACAGUUUUUUCAUCAUCAGAAUCAUUAUUUCAAAAACAAAAUACAUUACAAAUCCUCAAACACCCCCCCCCCCUUGACUUCCCUCAACUUCCUUUUCUGGUUUUUUGGCAUAUUAUAUCUCCCUGCUUAUUGGUUAUUCUUUAAAAAUUUUAAAGUAAUUAUUAUUCUCUUAUCAUUUUAACAUCCUAUUUCUAUUUCACAUUUCUUAUGUUGAUUGCAAGUGUUUAAUCAAACCUUGCAAGUGAGUCCAUUUCUUUACAUUGAUUCUGUAAAGUUUAUAUAAAUGGUUCCCAGUCUUUCUUAAAAUCUCUAUUGUCUUGGUCUUUCCAUUAGUUUUGCCAUUUUAGCGUAUUCCGUCAGUUUCCAUUCUUCUUUAGCUGGUAUUUCAGCACUUUUCCUUCUUUGUCAGGCUUCCUCAAUCUUCCUCCAGAUGUUUUUUGGCCUACAACUCCCAUGAUCCCUAGCUAGCGGGGCCAGUGGUCAGGGAUGAUGGGAAUUGUAGUCUCAAAACAUAUGGAGGGCUGAGGUUGAGGAAGCCUGAUCUUUGUGCUAGCAACAUCCUAGCCGUAGUUGUAGCAUACAUGAAAAGUUUUUUCUUCUCUUUCAGCAAAUCUUGACCUGAAAUGCCUAACAAAAAGGCUUCUGGGUUUUUCACAAAAGUUAGCGUAAACAUUUUCUUCAAUUCAUUAUAAAUCAUUUCCCAAUAUUUUUAAAUUAUACAAUUCAACCACAUAUGAAAGAACGUACCCUCUUUUUCUUCACAUUUCCAACACUUAUUGGGGGAAAUCAUUAAUUGCCUAGCACUUGCAGUUAUUGAUAUUACUGCAUGUCCUAGGCAAUUAUUUCCAUGCAACUUUACACACAUCUAACUUUCUAAGUAAAACUAAAUUGUAUUAAUUUAACCAACUCAUUUUUGUGCUGUCAGGCCUCACAGAUGCCUGUUUUGGUAUUCAGGCAUCUGUAUCCUAGAAUCCUAGAAGGGACCCCCAGGGGUCAUCCAGCCCAACCCCUCACAACGCAGAAAUCUCAGCCAAAGCAUCCCUGACAGAAGCCACCCAAGCUCUGCUUAGAAACCUCCAAGGAAGGAGAGUCCACCACUCAAUCAUUUUUUAUUAAACUGAUUUAUAUUUGGGCAUUAGCCUAAAAUAUCAGAGUUGCACAAGUCAGGCGUCUUGAGUUUUUCAGCUUUCCAAAAAUGAGGGGUGCUAAAAAAUUGUAACAUGAAUUGGGAAAUUGAAAGAUAUUUUUAUUUUCCCUUUUCAGAAGGUAAAAUGGAAAUUCUUUGGUUUCCCGAAAGAUGUUUUGGUGCUUCUUCAUCUAACCUAGAGUUGCCUAGCUAAAUGUUGUCCAAUACAUAGAAAUCGUUAAAAAUGACAGCUGAGUCUGGCAGUUAUAUGGUAGAUUAUUAAAAUUAUUUAUUAUUAGAAUUACUUGAUUUUACCUGACAUUUUUAGAAGGCAAAGAGGAUACUUGGUUUUGCUUAGGAAGUAAAAUUUGCCUAAAAAUGAUUGCUGUAUAUUUGCAGUUAUUAUGUUUGUUUGUUCUUUUGUGUUCCAUGAUCUUUUCAGAUGGUAAAAUGGAUGUUCUUUGGUUUUCCAGAAGCAGUUUUGGUGUUUCUUGGUCAACCACAAAAAUACAAGCAGAUUUGCUCACACCCAAAACCCUGUUUUUUAAAGACCCCUCCCUGAAGAAAUUUGCAAAAAUUAAGUUUAAAUCAGCUUUUCAUAUGGAAGCAUGAGGACUAGAGUCUUGCUUUAUUGUUAGGCUUCAGGCUGCAGCUCAGUUUACAGAAAUUAAGUUUUGCCCUACCAUGAGCUUUAAAAUCUGCAGGUGCAUCAAGUGAACUGGGUGUAGGUGUUGCUCUCAGCCCUCGGGGCAGAGCUGGUGUGUGGCAGCAGUGCAGAGUGUGGGCUGUGAACCUGGAAAAUCCAGUUUGCCAAGCAGCUCUCCUCUGAAGAUCCAUCUUCGCCCUUUGGCUGGGUAGGGUCAGAGCUCCUGACCAUCUUUUCUCAACCUUAUGGAGAUGAAAUAAUAAUAUUAAUAAUAAUAGCUGUUAUUGUUGUAAGCCCUGGCCUAUUUUCUGAACUGCUUUAAGUGGUUUAGAGAUGAAAUAAUAACAACAACAAUAAUUAUUAUUAGUAAUACAGUGGUACCUUGGUUCUCAAACUUAAUUCGUUCCAGAAGUCCAUUCCAAAACCAAAACAUUCCAAAACCAAGGCAUGCUUUCCCAUAGAAAUUAAUGCAAAACAAAUUAAUCCCUUAAAAACAACCCCUAAAACAGCAAUUUAACAUGAAUUUUACUAUCUAACGAGACCAUUGAUCCAUAAAAUGAAAGCAAUAAUCAAUGUACUGUACUAUAAAAUAAAUAAGACAGUAUUGUAGAUGAUAAAAAUGAAAAAUAAUUUUUUUCUUGCCUGCACUGAUGACAGUCAUUGUUUGGAUGGGAGGCUUUUAUCCAUUUCUGCAGAGACACAAUCGAUCAGGAGCUGAACUGGGUUCCGCACAGUCACCAAAACAAAUGAACCGAAAAAGCCUCAAAAACAAAAAUGCAAAAUAAAUACCAAAAACAAAAGUGCCAAACUUAAUCGAAUCGGGAAAUCCGUUUGACUUCUCAAAUGUCUUAAUCCAAACUUAAUCCAUUCGGGAAACCAAGGCACGGCUUCUGAUUGGCACAGGAGCCCCAGAAACAAUAGCCGACAGUUGUAUCGGAUGUUCAGCUUCCGAAAAACGUUCGAAAACCAGAACACUUCCUUCCGGGUUUUUGGAGUUUGAGAACCAAGGUACCACUGUAAUUAUUUGAUUUGUUGCUUCCUUGCAGGAGAAGCUGGAGAACACCUCCCUGAAGCCGGAAGCGAAGCGAUACCUUGAGCGCCUGAUCAAGCUGGGCCGGCGGAGUGGCCUCCAUCUCCCUGAGGAGACGCAGGAGGUGGGAGACAUUGCCCGGGGGGGGGGGGGGAGGCCCUGAGGGUCACCUGGCCUCCCAGGGGCACAGCUGGACUCAAGAGGCAAAUCCGUGGCUCCUCUUGGGGAGGCUUGGAAGCGAAGGGAACGGGCUGGCCCAGCGCUGUGAUUCCUGCCUUGCAGUGGGUUGGACUGGAUGACCCUUGGGGUCCCUUCCAGCCCCCCCAUUCUCUCAUCCCAGCGGGGCUGGAGGGACGCCCCUGCCAGGUCGAAAGAGGCCUGGGAAGAUGAUGCGCAGCCUGAGACGAGGGACCCCUUCUUCCUCUCGUGGAUUCACGGAGGCCUUUUAGCGAGUAAACUGCCCUGCGUGGAUCGUGGGAAUACGUGGGAUCGGGAACCAGGGGUGAGGGCGGGGGGGGGGAGUUGUUGGGGGGGAAGCCAACUCGGCUCGGGGCCUUUUGCUGCCUCCAACCCCAUUUCCCCCUUUCGCCCAGAAAAUCAAAGAGAUAAAAAAAAGGCUGAGCGUCCUCUGCAUCGACUUCAACAAGAACCUCAAUGAGGACACGACCGUCCUGCCCUUCUCCCGGGAAGAGCUGGGUAAGGGUGGGGCAUAGCGGGUUGGACUAGAUGACCCUUGGGGUUCCCUUCCAACUCUACCUUUCCAUGAUUCUUCAUAUCUGGGAUAGCUCAUUCGGUAGAGCAGGAGACUCUUAAUCUUGGGGUUGUGGGUCCAAAACCCACCUUAGGCAGGAUUCCUGCCUUGCAGGGGGUUGGGCUGGAUGACCCUCAGGGGUCCCUUCCAACUCUCAGCCAAGCCCAAUAAUUUUCUCAACCGUUCCUCCCAGGUAUGCAUAGAAAUAAUUUAAAAUACUUGUUGUUAGAUUACAGAUUAAUGUUAUUUUGCUUAGAAAGGGUAAAUGAUUGCCAAGUACUUGCCAUUAUAUUACAGUUUCAUUUUGUCAUUUAUUAUUAUUAUUAUUCCUGACCUUUUCAGAGGAUACAAUCUCCAGAAGCAGAUUAAGUGUAUAAAAGCAUCAGUGCAUAGCGUAAUAAUGAAAUAAUCCCAGUAACCCAAUAAUGGACGCCAGGCACCAUGAAGCCUGCAAUCCUCGCAUGAAACUUGUACAGUUAAAGCGCCUAGUCCUCUGUGAGGCUCACCCCCAUGGUGCCCUUGUCCUUCCUUGCAGGGGGUCUUCCUGAGGACUUCCUGAGUUCCCUGGAGAAGACUGAGGAGGGGAACCUGAAAGUGACCCUGAAGUACCCCCACUAUUUCCCCCUGAUGAAGAAGUGCCACGUUCCAGAGACGCGGAGGCUGGUGGAGAAGCAGUUCAACUCCCGCUGCAAGGAGGUAGGAGGCAGCACAAACCAAACAAAUGAACGCCUUUUCUGCUUUCUGCUUGGAGAACGGCUCCCUUUCUCCCUGCAUAUCUCUGCUGUCACAUAAAAACUCAGCAGGGACUCGUUUCAGCAAACUUGCAAUUCAAAUUUUGUCCCUCGCUCAUUAAAAGCCGUCUGAGUUGGUGUCCUGUGGCGGUGAGUUCCGCAGAUGGACCCUGUGCCGUUUCGCCCGCCCUGACCCUCCUGGCGUUCCGCUUCCUUGCAUGUCACGAGUUCGAGUUUACGAUACAGGGAGGAGAACCUCCCUGCACGAUUCCAUUUUCUUUGUUGAGGGUUUUGCUGCAGCCUCGUGUUUCCUUACAUUUCUCAGAAUGUCUGUUUCUCCAUGUAGUUGAUGAUAAAGGCCUUUUCUGAAAGGGGGGGAAUAAAAGGGGCUCCUUUGCGGUCUCCCCCACUGGCUGCCUCACCGCCUCCCCCCCUCCCUCUGGUUGCCACAGGAGAACUGCCUGAUCCUGAAGGAACUGGUGGAUCUGCGGGCGAAGAAGGCGGCUCUGCUGGGAUUUGAGACGCAUGCCGACUUCGUCCUGGAGAUGAACAUGGCCAAGGACUGCCAGACGGUGGCCUCUUUCCUGGGUAAGGCGUUUCUGCAGAUGGUGAGCACAUGGCUUCAGCCCCAAAGAAAGCGGGACGGUUGAAGGGUCUCCUAGGACUUCAGAGGUGGAAGGGACCCCAGGGGGUCAUCUAGCCCAACCCCCUGCAAGGCAGGAAUCUCCGCUAAAGAAUCUGUUAAAAACCUCCAAGGAAGGAGAGGCCUUCUAAUAGGUGCAAGGAAGUCUCUCCAUUGUUUGUGUUUCUUAUUUGCGUGUUUAGAAAACCUUUGACUAAAUUCUUUAUUAACAAUAGUUAUUUUUGAAAGCCAGAGGAGGUUCACAAACCCCUCCCCUGCUUUUCUGCUCCGGAGGGCAGGACCCGAACCAACGGAUUCAGAAGGUGGUGGACUCUGCUUUGGAGGAUUUUAAGCAGCUGUCCAUCAGGGAUUCUUUUGCUGAGAUUCUUGCCUCGCAGGGGGUGGGUCUGGAUGCCCCCAGGGGGUCCCCCAACCUUCCAUUCUGUGGUUCUUCAGCUGAGCUUCCUGCCCAGCACAGGGUUGGUCUGGAUGACCCCCGGGGGACCCUGCAACCCUCCUGCACUCUUCUCCCCCCCCCCAGAUGAGCUGGCAGCCAAGCUGCGCGUGCUAGGCGAGCAGGAGCGGGCCCUGAUGCUGUCCCUGAAGCGCCAGGAGUGCGAGCAGCGCGGCCUGCCCUUUGACGGGGGUCUCCACGCCUGGGACCUGCGCUUCUACAUGAACCGGGUUCAGGAGACGCUUUACCAGGUGGACCAGAACCUGCUCAAGGAGUUCUUCCCCAUGGAGGUGGUGACGGCCGGCCUGCUGGGUAUCUACCAGGAGUUGUUGGGGCUCACCUUCCGCCUGGAGGAGGGGGCCCCCGCCUGGCACCCCGAUGUCCAGCUCUACGCCGUGCAGGACGCCCACUCCGGCCAGGCCGUCGGGAAGUUCUACCUGGACCUCUACCCAAGGUGAGUCCCGGGGGGCGGAGGGUCAAAGAGCGUGCAGAAGGUCCCAGGUCCAGGGCUUCUAGUCUUCAUAGGCCAGCAGCCCAUAGAGCCAAAGAUGCUGGGUAGACUGCCUCUGCAGCUGGAGGCUCCAUAGUAAGAACACGGGGGCUGGAUCAGCCCAGCAGCCCAACAUCCUGACCUCACAGCAGCAAAAUGCCCCUAGAACCGAGGAAUCCAGAGUUGCUGUCUCUGCAGCUGGAGGCUCCAGAAAAGAGCUUUGCUGCUGGACCAGACCCGAAGGGGGCCCAGCCGGCCGGGCCUCCUAGUAGCCAGGUGCCCCCAAAGACCCAGGAUUCCAGAUCGACUGCCUCUGCAGCUGGAGGCUCCAUCAAGGCAUCCGACGACUCCCGCCACUGGAUCAGGCCCAGAGCACCCUGGUCCCAAAGUAGCCGACCAGAUGCCCUCCAAGGGAAGAAUUUUGGUUGCUUUGUUAAUAGCUAAACAGCAAUUGUUUCAUCAAUGAUUUGUAAUUGCUUCACUGAUGAUUUGUUACUUAUUUUCUAAGACUUGUGCUGCAGUUAGGAUGUUAUUUUACACGUUCACCAGUUAAUGGUUGUAAAAGGUUAGGGAUUCAUCAGGAUGGGAAUUGGCAAAGAAAUAAAAUCUAGCAAUCAGUCCAGAAGCUCCCAAGGGGUCCUGAGCACACCAGCCCUGUCCCCAGCUGCUGUCCCCGCCUUCUGGUUCCCCAGGGCAGAGAGGUUCUGCCAUCCCAGGAGGCCUCGCAAGGAAGAGCCUGGCUGCUGCCUCGGGCCAAAGUCCAGCCCUGCUUCCUGUCCUUGCUGGAGUCCAGAUAGACUGUCCUUGGCCCCGGAGGCUCCAGCCAGCCCCCAGAGAGUAUCAGAAGCACAGCGUGGGAAGGGACCCCCAGCCCAGCCGGCUGCUCUGCCACAGGCUCUCCUUUGUCCCCGGAGCAGGGAGGGGAAGUAUGGCCACGCAGCCUGCUUUGGUCUGCAGCCCGGCUGCCUUCUCCCCGACGGCAGCCGCCAGAUCUCAGUGGCAGCCAUGGUAGCCAACUUCACGAAGCCCACGCAGGACGCGCCUUCGUUGCUGCAGCACGACGAGGUGGAGACCUACUUCCACGAGUUUGGGCACGUCAUGCACCAGCUCUGCUCGCAGGUGAGAGGCCGACCCGGGAGCCCUUGGCCCUCGGUCUUCUGGGCUGGAAGAUGGGUCCGAGGUCAAGUUGCUGAAUUUUCCAACUUUUGAAAAUGAGGGGUGCUAGAAAGCAGUGAAGCAACCUGGGAUUGGAAAGGUAUUUGGGCUAAAUUAGUGUGAUUUAGUGUUGCCUGUUGGGUAAAACGUGUGAAACAGUGUGUAGGAAUCAUUAAAAAUGAUUGCCAAGUAUUGAAUGGCAGAGGUGGAAGGUACACCACAAGGUCAUCUAGUCCAACCCCAUGCAGGUACACAAGUAUCCAUGGCAGGUGGCCCCCCCACGGCAGCGUCACAUAGUGGUUAGAGUGUCAGACUAGGUCCUGGAAGUGACCAGAGCUCAAAUCCCCUGCACUCAGCCAUGAAGCCCACUGUGUGACCUCUCAGCCUAGCCUGCCUCACAUGGUUGUAGGGAUGAAAACAGGACAAAGACUUGGGAGAGACCAGGGUUCGAAUUCCCCCACCUUGGUCAUGAAGCUUAAUGACUAACCUUGGAGUUAGUCAGAGCCUCUCUCUCGGCCCCAACCUGCCUCACAGUGUUGUGGUGUCGAUUAAAUGAGGCCUGAGUGAGACCAGGGUUCAAAUCCUUAGCCAGGAAGCUCACUGGGUAACUUUGAGGACAGUCCUGCAGCCCUUUGCUCAUCCCCUUCCUCUCUGCCCCCGGACAGGCGGACUUUGCCAUGUUCAGUGGGACCCACGUGGAGAGGGACUUCGUAGAGGCUCCGUCGCAGAUGCUGGAGAACUGGGUGUGGGAGAAGGAGCCCCUGCGGCGGAUGUCCACGCACUACAAGAACGGCGUGCCCAUCCCAGACCAGCUGCUGGAGAAGCUCAUCAAGUCCCGACAGGCCAACACAGGUAGGCAGCGUCCCCAGGGGGCUGCACGGGAAGGGCAGGAAGGAGCAAUAACACCUGCAAAAGCAUGCCUGGAAUCGUAGCAUUGGAGGCGGCCCAGGGGGUCAUCCAUCCAACCCCCCUGCAAGGCAGGAAUAUUUCGCCCAACGCAAGAUUCAAACCCACAACCCUGAGAUUAAGAGGCUCAGGUUCUACUGACUGAGCUCUCCCAGAUCAAAUUAAAUCCUUUUGAUGCAUAAUAGCAGCACCAUACAGAUAAGCAAGGAAAUAUCCCCUUUAACCCAGAAGCCGGUGUUUAGGCAAUACAUGCAAGACUGCUUAGUUUAUUUUGUUUCAUUCAUUCAUUCAUUCAUUUAAUAGUUAAUCAGCUUCCGCAUCCCAGACUCCUCUUCAUAAAGAAGGCGACACACAGUUUCUGGGAACCAGGAAAUUCCUAACCCAAAGCGAGUCCUCUAGCUUUUGUUCUUAGCUUUUUGAACCUUCCUCUGGUUUAAUUCCGUUUUUGGCUUUCCCCCCAGAACUGGAUGGGCCAAAAGGCUCCCUGGCCAUUUGGGGCAGGGGAUGGAGACCCCAGAGCCCCCUCUCCCACUUUUCUCCUUUUCCUCCUCCUCCUCCUCCUCCUCUCUCUCCAGGACUCUUCAACCUGCGGCAGAUCGUCCUGGCCAAGGUCGACCAGGCUUUGCACACACAGAUGGACGCCGACCCUGCGGAGGAGUACGCCCGGCAGUGUGACAAGAUCCUGGGCGUCCCUGCAACCCCAGGUAGCGGGCAGAGGAGGCUGCGGGGAACAGCUAAAUCUGGUCAGGAUCAGUGCAGUGUAGAAAUCUGGUCAGAUUCCGUGCCGCUUUGAAAGGUUUCACCUGCCCUCUUAAUCCCAAUGGGGCCUGAUGCUCUCCUCCGCUUUGGUCUUGGGUUGCAAUCUUUUGUUUUUACUUGUUUUAGUCUUCCUUGACUUUUUUUUUCUUUUGCCAUUCCAAUGUUUCCUUUUGGUCAAAGUUCUAUUAUUAUAUCCUUUUAUGGUGUGGGUCUGUGAGAAUGACGCAUGGAAACGAAAAGAUGGAGAGCUAAACCGCAAAAUGGGCACGUAGGGCAAGUUUCGUUGCAGGAGGGUGAAAACAGCCGAGUCCCAGUGAAGGAAGACCAUCCACGUAGUCAGAGUAUGUGUCACAAAGGAAUGCCAAACCAUAGAAGAAGCCCCUGUAGGUUCUAGUCCUCACUGACCUCUCCACUGAGACCUCCCUUUCUCCAUUAUAUUUUCACUUCCAGGGAGAUUCUGUGGUGGGAUUUGGGCUGUUUCCCAUGGAGAUGCAAUGCCCCACGCAGACUAUUGGUUGGACUAGAUGGCCCUUGGGGGUCCCUUCCAACCCGACAAUUCUGUGUCUAAGGGAAGGGUCCCCCAAGGCUCUCCUAACCUUCUCCCUGCAUUGCCCCUUGCAAGGUACGAACAUGCCGGCAACGUUUGGCCACCUGGCAGGGGGCUACGAUGCCCAGUACUACGGCUACCUCUGGAGCGAGGUCUACUCCAUGGACAUGUUCUACACCCGCUUCAAGAAAGAAGGCGUCAUGAACCACAAGGUAGGCAGGGAGCCCUCUGUUCCCAUCGCCUCUCGUCCCUCAAGCCUCGGCUGCUUGUGCAUAGGCAACCAGAGCUGCCUGUGUCGCUCACUGCCAGCCAAGAGCCUGGAAUGGCCUUCGCCAAGCACUGGGUCCCGGGGAACUCCCUGCCACUGGGGAUCAAAGUGAAAACCCUUCUACUCCACCAGGACUAUUACAGUUAACAGUGGUGAAUGGACAACCAUGUUUAACUUUAUGAAGUUUUAUGAAACAGCCUUAUGCAUUUUUUAUAUAUAACGACAACAACAUAAUAAUAAUAAUUUAUUAUUUGUACCCAGCCCAUCUGGCUGGGUUUCCCCAGCCACUCUGGGCGGCUUCCACAAAGACAAAAAAUACACUAAGAUGUCACACACUAAAAAUUUCUCUGAACAGGGAAGUUUAUAUAAAUAAAUUUUAUUAAGGUUAGUAGAGAAAAAUACAAAACAAUAUCUUUCCCCCUAGGUACAAUAAAAGCAUAAAAAGUGGGGCAGAAAGAAAUAAAAAGAGUAGAAAAGGUGGGGGGGGGAGAGAAAUAAGCAGUGUGCAAACACUUUUAUGCCAGAGAGGGCAGAGCCUCUGCACCCGCUGCUUUUCCCAUUACAUGUCCCGGAAGUGGCAGUUUAUUGCAAGGCUUCUCAGGAGCUUCUGGACUCGCCUUCCCUGGAGGUGUUUCUGCAGAGGCUGGGUGGCUGCCUGCCUUGGAUGCUUGAGCUGAGAUUCCUGCAUUGCCGGGGGUUGGGCUAGAUAACCCCUGGGGGCCCCUUCCAACUCUUGAGUCUCUGAUUUUGACCCGGCUUCUCUCUGGCUCUUUUCUAGGUGGGCAUGGACUACCGGAACUGCAUCCUGCGUCCCGGCGGUUCCCUCGAUGCCUCCGACAUGCUGCUCCGCUUCCUUGGCCGGAAUCCCAGGCAGGAUGCCUUCCUGGCCAGCAAGGGUCUUGCCGCUGACCCCACCAGCCCCCCCUCGUCCUGCUGAGACCUCCCCCUGCCCGCUUCCCGGCUGGGCGGCACUUGCAAGUCCUGCCUGGCGGCCUGCUUGUAGAAAUAGCCUUGGGAGUGUGGGGGGGGGGUCCUCCUGGUUCUGGAGGGAAGGGGGUCUCUCAGCUUCCUGAUUCCCUCCUUGGCCCACCCCCAGAGUCCCAACAAACCCAUCUGACUCCUUUGCCCCCCCCCCCCCCGAAAAUAUAGUUUGCAAGGAAAAGGAUUGUGCUUUUAACGAUUGGUUUGGAGCUCUGAUUCUUUCCUGCCCUUGGGUGGAGGCUGGAGUUUGCUGCCGCUUACAGUCAGGCUCCGGGUUUCCUGCCGCUUGCAAGUGGAUCCCUGGCCUAGAUCAGUCAGAUCCAGGGCUCUUGUAGAAGUGUAAAGCGCCAAGCAGAGUUGCUGAAGGCAAGACGGGAAGGUGCUGCCCUGCCCUGUGUCUUCUGCUGCAGCCCCUUCUCCUCGAUUUUCCUGCGGGGGACAUUCACUCGCAGAGGCACCCCCUCCUGAGAGCUGCAGCUGCAGCGCACAGCGUCUGAUGGAAGGCUGCAUACAUUAUUGCAGCGGGGGAGGGGGGCUCCUCUUUCCUUCCCUCCAUUUCUCUGAUUUCCAUGGGGCUAAAAUUAUUCCUAUUCUUGCUUUGACACCCUUUGGAAUUGAUCUUAAACCCCAAAUCUUAGCUCUGUGUAUCAAUUUAGCAGUGCAGGUUUGAUGCAGUUUGCACAACCGUUCAUUUGAGGCUGUUCUCAAUGCUGGGUAUUUGGGGGGGGGCAGGGAGCAAACCCCAGUUGACAUCACCCCGUGGGGUUUUGUGCAGAACAAAAUGGCCCCUCUUCUCCAAAGGAGGGCAAUCAUCGCCUCUCAGGAAGCGGCUGUCUAUCAAAAGACCCUUACGGUUUUUAAGGUGGGACGGAAGCCAUCGCGGUGCAGAGAUCUGGUCUCAACUGAGAUCCUGAAGGGGACCCCCCCCCCCAAUCUCUGCCCCCUGUUUUCAUAUCCGUCUAACAUGGAUUGCGGAUCGAGUUCUCUCCUGGCGGAAGCAAAAGGGUCCUGUGGACGCAGCUCGUCUUCUUAGCAGCAGCAGCCGGGGCUGAGGUUGGAUGGCCAAUAAAGGGUUUUUGAGAUUUUUGUUUGGGGCUGGACUUGGCAUUCUUGAUGGAGG